AAAGACUCAAUCCUUGUCUCUCUCCCUCACCUCUCUCUCUCUCUCUUAUCAAACGCAUACACAAAAACAAAGAGGGUAAUUUUUUUUUCUCAAAUCUGGUAUAAAUUUCUUGUUGAUCUCUUCUCUAUUUAUAGCACAAGGGUAAAUUCAUAUAGAAGAAAUGGUGAGGGGAAAGACGGAGAUGAAGAGGAUAGAGAACGCGACGAGCAGGCAAGUGACUUUCUCCAAGAGAAGAAAUGGACUUUUGAAGAAGGCUUUUGAACUAUCUGUCCUUUGCGAUGCUGAAGUUGCCCUGAUUAUCUUCUCUCCUAGAGGCAAACUCUAUGAGUUCUCUAGUUCUUCCAGUAUAACAAAAACAGUGGAACGAUAUCAAAAACGAAUACAAGAUCUCGGCUCUGACCAUAAGAGAGAUGGUAACUCACAGGAAGGGAAAGGCGAAACCUAUGGCUUGGCGAGAAAGAUUGAACAACUGGAGAUUUCAAAAAGAAAAUUGCUGGGAGAAGGACUUGACGCAUCUUCUAUUGAGGAGUUACAACAAUUGGAGAACCAGUUGGACCGAAGCUUAACCAAAAUAAGAGCCAAAAAGUACCAAUUACUACGUGAAGAAAUUGAGAAGUUAAAAGAAAAGGAGAGGAACCUCAUUGCAGAAAAUAAAAUGCUGAAGGAGAAGUAUGAGAUGGAAAGAGGAGGAACAGUAGCAAGAACAUCACCAUCAUCAUCAACAUCAGAAGAAGUGGACAUAUAUGACAAUGAAAUUGAAGAAGUGGUGACUGAUUUGUUCAUUGGACCUCCUGAGACUCGACACUCCAAAAAAUUUCCUCCAAAUUAAUUUAUCUUUAUACAUUCACCUUGAAAAUAUUAUCUCACAACUUUGAAUAUUAUGAUGUCUUCUCUUUUCUGAAGAAAAAAGAGGUUGAUUAAUGUAAGGGACCCUUAAUGUAAUUAGUUUUUUUGUCUUUGUGUGUGUAUCCAAUAACAUCUUUUA